AUGGCUGAAGCUGUUGUUGAAGAUCAGGAUCCUUUUCAUUGUUCUAUUUGUUUGGAGCCCCUGAAGGAUCCAGUCAUCGUUCCAUGUGGACACAACUAUUGCAUGAACUGCAUAAGUGGUUGUUGGGAUCAAGAGAGUCAGAAGGGUGAGUUGUUCAGCUGCCCUCAAUGCAGGGAGACGUUUAGCCCAUGGCCUGUCUUGAAGAAAAACACCAUGUUGGCUGAACUGGUGAGCCCAAUGAGGAAGAGCAGUAGGUCUUCGAUUGCUUCUCCUCCUCCAUCUCCUCCUCUUGCUCCGUACGCUGAACCAGGGGAUGUGGAAUGUGACUUCUGCAGUGAGAAAAAUCUCAAAGCUGUCAAGUCCUGUCUGGUGUGUCUGCUCUCUCUUUGUCAGACACACGUUGAGCCUCACUACAACGUCCCAGCCUUGAAGAGCCACAAACUGGUGCAGGCGUCCAGACAUCUACAACAGAAGAUCUGCUCUCAGCACGACAGGCUGAUCGAGGUGUUUUGUCGUACUGAUCACAAGUGUAUCUGCAUGUUGUGCACCAUGGAUGAACAUAAAGGCCAUGAAACAGUCCCAUCUGCAGCAGAAUGAAAGGACAAAGAGGUAAGAGCUUCAUCACUGCUGUUAACCGGUUAA